AUGGCCGUACCAAACAGUGGUUUGUACGAUGAGAUAGAAGCAGAACUGGAUUUCUCGGAUAUCGAGGCAAAAUACCGUGUUGACUUGGACGACAACCUUGAUAAUCUCAUCGUUGUAGAUGGUGUACCAGUGAUCGAUAAGUCCAAAUUAGAGAAGCUAGUUGCGAAGAUCUCCAAAGAAUUUACUAAGAAAGGGGCUGCGGUCAAACCAGAUAAUAUUUUCGUACCAUGGGACGAUUUCACAGGAAAAAGCAAGGGGUUCAUAUUCAUGGACCUCGGUAGUGCAGAUGCCGCCACUCACGCGGCCAAUGCAAUGAAUGGGCAUCCGUUUGAUGCCAGACAUACUUUCUACGUGAACAAAUUUACGGACAUAGAACAAUUUGCAAGUAUGGACGAAAUGUACAUCGAGCCAAAGGUUGAGGAAUACCGCCCAAAGGAACACUUGAAAGCCUGGCUUGCCGACCCACUGGGUCGAGAUCAGUAUGUCACUUAUCGUGGCGACGACGUCGAGAUACAUUGGCACGGAAAAGCAUCGCAAUGUGAGGUGGCUUAUUCCAAAAAGAACUGGACUGAACUUUACGUUUCCUGGUCACCUAUGGGAACAUAUUUCGCAACACUUUUUCGCCAAGGUGUCCGGCUGUGGGGUGGUCCAUCAUGGGAGCCCCAGCAACGCUUUGCCCAUCCAUUGGUAAAGUUGAUGGACUUUUCACCCUGCGAGCAAUACCUUGUUACGUGGUCUCAUGAUCCCAUAACUGUGCCUCCAAACCUUCCCCAAGGACCUGAGUUUUUUUCCCCUGAAGAUGAAGGCAAUAAUAUCGCGGUCUGGGACAUUAAAUCUGGCCACCUCCUCCGGACGUUUCCCACUUCUUUGAUUGAAGGCGAGGAUUCGUCGAUGAAAAAGCAAAUGCAAUGGCCGGCACUCAAAUGGAGCCUAGACGACAAAUUUGUCGCCCGGGUAACACCGGGCCAGCAGAUUAGCGUUUAUGAGCUGCCAAGUAUGGGCUUGCACGACAAAAAGAGCAUAAAGAUCGAGGGCGUUAUUGACUUUGAAUGGUGUCCUCAUGGUGAAAAGGACAGGGACGAAGCCGAGAAGGCUGUCAAAAGCGGCAAAACUCCGAAGAAGGCCAAGGAAAAUAUGCUGGCGUACUGGACUCCAGAGGUUGCCAAUCAGCCUGCUCGAGUCACGCUGCUGGAGUUCCCAAGCCGCAGGAUUCUGCGCCAGAAGAACCUUUUCAACGUUACCGAGUGCAAACUAUAUUGGCAGAAUCAGGGCGACUUCUUGUGCGUCAAAGUGGACCGCCAUACGAAAACCAAGAAGUCGAUCCUGUGCAGUCUGGAGAUUUUCCGAAUACGCGAGAAGGACUUCCCAGUUGAAGUAGUGGAGCUAAAGGACACCGUCACCGAUUUCUCAUGGGAACCUAAAGGAGAGCGUUUUGCUAUCGUCUCAAGCAAUGACCCCAACCUAGGAAAUCCCGCUCCCGGCAUCACGAUCAAAACUGACAUUAGCUUCUACCAGCUCGAUCGAGGCAAGAAUGACUUCAGGUUAUUGCGUACCCUCGCAUCACGCACAAGCAACACCAUUCGUUGGUCACCACGUGGGCGACAUGUUGUCCUUGCAACGGUUGGGUCGUCGACCAAAUCCGAGCUAGAGUUCUGGGAUUUGGACUUCAACAAUGAAGAUCGUAGGGAGGGACAGGCGGCUGAAUGGGGCAGCGGCAUUCAACACGUUGGCUCUGCAGAUCAUUAUGGGGUCACUGAUGUAGAAUGGGACCCCAGUGGUCGUUAUCUUGCAACCAGUGCGAGCGCUUGGCGGCAUACUCUCGAAAACGGCUACGCGAUCUGGGAUUUCCGUGGCCAAGUGAUCGAAAAACACAUUUUGGACCGCUUCAAGCAAUUUAUCUGGCGACCCCGCCCCCCGACACUACUGACGAAGGAGCAGCAGCGUCAGAUACGCCGCAACCUCAAGGAAUACAGCCGCACAUUCGACGAAGACGACGCAGCAGAGGAAAGCAAUGUCAGCGCUGAACUCAUCGCUCUCCGUAAGCGCCUUGUGGACGAAUGGAAUGCAUGGCGAGUGCGGUGCAAACGCGAUCUCGUUGAUGAGAAGCGGAGCAGGGGUCAAAGGGUGGAUGGUGAUAGGCACGCAGAAGAGAAGGAGGAAAUCGAGGAGUGGAUUGACGAAGUCAUUGAACAGAUUGAGGAGGUGGCAGAAUGA